AGGAGGAGGAGGAGGAAGGCGCGGAGCAGCCGCGGGGCCCGCCAUCCCGCGGCGGCGGCGGCUGUGCCCGGGAGGAUGCCGGGGAAGCGGGGCUCGGCGGGCGGCGGCGGCGGCGAGCUCCCGGGGGCCGGCGCGCCGCGGCAGCGGAGGCGGCGGAGGAAGGUCUCCUGCUUCUCCAGCAUCCAGCUCUUCCUGGUGUCCGAGUGCGCCCUGAUGCUGGCCCAGGGCACGGUGGGAGCCUACCUGGUGAGUGUUUUAACCACCUUGGAGCGGCGAUUCAACCUUCAGAGUGCUGACGUGGGCGUCAUUGCCAGCAGCUUUGAGAUUGGCAACCUGGCCCUCAUCCUCUUCGUGAGCUACUUCGGAGCCCGAGGACACCGGCCACGCUUGAUAGGAUGUGGAGGGAUAGUCAUGGCCUUGGGUGCCCUCCUUUCCGCGUUGCCUGAAUUUCUGACCCACCAGUACGAAUAUGAAUCAGGAGAAAUACGCUGGGGGGCUGAAGGGAGGGAUGUGUGUGCUGCCAACGGGUCCACCAGUGAUGAGGGACCAGACCCGGACCUUAUCUGCAGGAAUAGGACUGCUACCAACAUGAUGUACUUGCUGCUUAUUGGAGCACAGGUCCUCCUGGGCAUUGGUGCUACCCCUGUCCAGCCCCUGGGAGUUUCCUACAUUGAUGACCAUGUGAGGCGGAAAGACUCCUCCCUGUACAUAGGGAUCCUGUUUACGAUGCUGGUAUUUGGACCAGCCUGUGGAUUUAUCUUGGGCUCCUUCUGUACCAAAAUCUAUGUGGAUGCUGUCUUCAUUGACACAAGUAAGCUGGACAUAACCCCGGACGACCCUCGGUGGAUCGGUGCAUGGUGGGGAGGCUUCCUGCUGUGUGGUGCCUUACUCUUCUUCUCGUCCCUGCCAAUGUUUGGGUUCCCGCAGUCCUUGCCCCCACGGCCAGAGCAUGCUGGGGAGAGCGAGCAGGCCAUGCUUCCCGAGAGGGACUACGAGAGACCCAAGCCAAGCAACGGGGUCCUGCGGCACGCAGUGGAUGGGGAGAGCAGCACGACCUGCUUCCAGCAGCUCCGAGUGAUCCCCAAAGUAACUAAGCACUUGCUCUCCAAUCCCGUCUUCACCUGUAUCAUCCUGGCAGCCUGCAUGGAGAUCGCAGUCGUGGCUGGCUUCGCCGCCUUCCUGGGAAAGUACCUGGAGCAGCAGUUCAACCUCACCACCUCAUCUGCCAACCAGCUCCUGGGGAUGACAGCAAUCCCAUGCGCGUGUCUGGGCAUAUUCCUGGGUGGCCUCUUGGUGAAGAAGCUCAGCCUGUCUGCUCUGGGAGCCAUCAGGAUGGCCAUGCUGGUGAACCUGGUGUCCACAGCUUGCUACGUGUCUUUCCUGUUCCUGGGAUGCGACACAGGACCUGUGGCAGGGGUUACUGUUCCCUAUGGAAACAACUCAACUCCAACCUCAUCUCUGGACCCAUACUCCCCCUGCAAUAACAACUGUGAAUGCCAAACUGAUUCCUUCACUCCAGUCUGUGGGGCAGAUGGGGUCACAUACUUAUCUGCCUGCUUUGCUGGCUGCAGCAGCACGAACCUCAGUGGCUGUUCGUGCCUCACCUCGGUCCCUGCUGAAAAUGCCACCGUCGUUCCUGGCAAAUGCCCCAGUCCUGGCUGCGAAGAGGCCUUCUUGACAUUCCUCUGUGUGAUGUGCGUUUGCAGCAUGAUCGGGGCCAUGGCGCAGACGCCAUCAGUCAUCAUACUUAUCAGAACUGUGAGCCCCGAACUCAAGUCUUACGCUUUGGGGGUGCUUUUCCUGCUUCUCCGUUUGCUAGGUUUUAUCCCACCUCCACUGAUCUUUGGGGCUGGAAUUGACUCCACGUGUCUGUUUUGGAGCACGUUCUGUGGCGAACAAGGAGCCUGCGCGCUGUACGACAACGUGGUCUAUAGAUACCUGUAUGUUAGUAUUGCUAUAGCCCUGAAGUCUUUUGCAUUCAUCUUAUAUACAACCACCUGGCAGUGCUUGAGGAAAAACUAUAAAAGAUAUAUCAAAAACCACGAAGGUGGUCUCAGCACUAGUGAGUUUUUUGCCUCUACUCUCACCCUAGACAAUCUGGGGCGGGACUCAGUGCCCCAAAAUCAAUCACACAGGACAAAAUUUAUCUAUAACCUUGAAGAUCAUGAGUGGUGUGAAAAUAUGGAGUCUGUUUUAUAGUGACUGUGGAGGGGUGAACUAUAUUAAUAAUACAAGGGUCCUUUUUAAUAAAAAUAAGAAGAGAGCACGAAUGAAGAAACACAACUGCAAAAUAACAGUGGCAACACAGGAAACUUUUGUCUUUUUCUCAAAGUCAGACCCAGCCAGGAUUCUUGAGAACAGCAUCUUUUAAUGGGAUCACUUGUGACACCCUGCGGGGUGAUGGAGAAAGCAGGGAGCCGCUGUGGCUGGGAACCAGCCCCUUUGAUGACAGUACGAGCUUCCAAGAAGGGCAUCUGCAGAGGUUCGUCGGAGAGCUCAGCAAAUGGACAGGCUUGGGCAUGAGGCAUAGAGAAAGCAAGGUGAUAACGGCAGUGCUGGAAUAGGCAUUUGCGGUUGCAGACGGGGUGCCAGGCAUACGUGGAGCCCCGCAGUGUGGGCUGAAGGAUUAGCCAGUCUGGGUGCUGCUCCAACCCACGGCGCUCAGUGGUGGCCAAGAGGUAGUGGUGCUGGAGUUGUUCCACCAGUCACACUCUGUCACCAACCACGAGUCCACAAUAAAUACCUUGAAAGCUGCUGGAAACCUUCCAGGUGGCGAGCAAUGCUGUCAGAGGUAUCAGAGUCCCUCCAGCCGAGGCUUAUUCGCAGAUCGCAGCUUUGUGGUUGUCUGUGAAUAGCUGUGCUCAGAUCUCUCAAACCCAGUAAAGUUCAAGACAUUUGCUCACACUUGCCAAACGUGCUGUCAUUUUUAAAGGGGGAUGAAUUCCAAAUACUUGUCUGUGUAGCCCUCUAAUACGAUUUUUUUAAAAAUUAUUUUCACAUCUAUGUUAACCCUUAAAUCGCUGACAGUUUUCCAUAGGGAGGAUUUAUUUAUGCUAGUUUGGGGAAGGAUCCUGUUUAACUCGCCCAAACGUAAUGUGACUCAAGGGGUUUGUUUAAUCCUCUGCGUUUUUUAUCCAUACGCCUUCAUUCUAAUAUGCUACCAAGCCAAUGAAGACACAUAAUAUGUUUUUAAAAAAGAGAACGAAUGCACUGUGUCUCUAUAAAAACAAUUGUCAGUUGGAGAAUUAUAGAUAAUAUGAUGAUUUACAUAAUAUAGAUUUUUCAUAUUCUAUGUGACUCAGUGAAUAUAUAUAUGGAGAGGCUGUUUAUGUUCUCUCCAGUUUUUAAAGAUAUAUAUAUAUAUAAUUUGCAAUCUAGAAAUUGUGUGGUGGAUGUUUUCUUUAAAGUAAGCGUGCGUGUGUGUGCGUGUAGAAGAUGAAAGGAAUACUGACCUUAAUCCUGCAACCCUCACAACUGACUUUUUCUUUCACCUGAGAAAUUCCACUGACUUCAGUGGAAGCCAUGUGAGGAAGGUAGAAUAAUCUCCCUUCCUGGAGGCCACGUUUUGCCCUUAGAUGUGCAAAUAGUGUUCCUGUGGAAGGCUGGGUUAUGGGAGCAGAGGCUGGCCAGCAUUGAGUGCCUCUGAAAUUUUCGUUCAGAUCCUCAAGAGGCACCCAUGCAGGAGCAGAUUUGGCUUUGCUUUUGCAAUGCAGUCUUAGCUAAGCCCGCAAAGACCAUGGGGAAGCUUUCAUCUGAUUUCAAGAAGCAUUGGGUCAGGCUUAUUUUGCAUGCCUAUUUUUCUUUUCCAAAACAUUCCUGCUGGGAAGCAAUACAAAUUGGUUGUGUUUGAUGAGUUUUCCCCAGGAGCCAGACCCAUUUCCAAUGGACUAAAUGUCAGAAGGGUUUUAAGGGUUAGCAUCAUAAUGACAAAGCUCCUUUUUUCGUUUGUAUUUUUAAGCUGUUGUGAACUUGCAGAUGUUUAGAGAAGUAACCUGGCAUGUUGAACUCAAUGCUGGACGUCACUUCCAUGCGGCUGGCGGAGGGGCUGAUCUUCCCCAAGUCCUUGUCCAUUGCCGGCAGUGGACACCCCAGAGUUGGCACAACUACAGAGGGUUGAUAACUGGCCACUCAUGUUCAACACCUUUUUAGCAGACUUUGCUCUUAUCUGGGCAUUGAAACAUGGGUGUGGGGUAUCAAACUGCUUCCACCUGACUGACUUUACAUGUGUGUUUGUAAUUUAUGCACAGCAUUAUAUGUUCAGCAACAAUAAGGGCAAAAAGAAAAAAAGGGUGUAUCAAAUAAACUCCACUGUGCCAAAUACUCAACAAAUAUUGUAACUGCAGAUAUUUGAUUCUUGGUUUUGAGCCAUGUUAAGAAUCACUUGAUUAAUGAAGGGGUUUAAGGAAAAAAAAAGUUAGAAUCAUAGAGUUGUUAAGCUAUGCAGUGCCAUUGUUAUGUUGGGUGGUAAAUGAUGCUUUUUAGACCAUUAGAUUGUUUUAGUAUAUCCUGUCUGCUAAAACAGAGAUACUGCAUCCAUAAAACAAUGAAUUUAAAAAAGGCACAGGGUGCAUAACUGUCUCAUAAAAUAUGUAUAAUUGUCAAGUAUAAGCCUUUGAAAUCAUUCUGUACAGUUCUCUUCAUUCUGAAAAUUUAUUACUUAGACUGCUGUCUUUUCAAAUGUUAGCUCAUAAUUUUAUACUAUACACACACAUUCAGACUCGAACACAAAUGUCACAGAAUAGAACCUUUCUAAAAGCCUGAUUGCUUGAAAUUCUAUAACCCCUUUCACAAUUUCAUUUUUUUCCCCUCUGAAAGUCCAAGGUGAAGGAGAAUAGCAUGCCGACAUGAUGCAAAACAAACUCCCAGUGUUCAAGAGCUGUGUUUUGUCUGUACAGUCAAAAGUCCCCGUUGACCGAAGUUAUAGAAACAGGAUUCCAGGGCACUUAACGUUUUCAUUUUUAUUUUUUAUUUUUUUUUUUCAUUUAAUCUCUUGGUAGGUAUGGGAGACACAGCUGAAUGGGGUUACUUACAUGAUUUUUAAACUGCAACUUAAAAUUCCUGCAUGAUUGUUGUUUUAUUUCUUUUGAUAAUGUGGCUUUUGAAAAGCUCUCUCCCCAUCCCACUCUUGGUUUUUUUUUAAGGAUGUAUCAGAUGCCUGCAUCAUGAAGCACUUUACUGUCAGUGCUUUGGUACAGAUUCAAGAGUGGAGCUUUAGUUUAAAGAAAACACACAGACCAAAACCUUCAUCCAUCCCAGCAGGCUCUUUGUUUUUUCUGAUUUCAAAACCACAAGCCAGUUUUGCCUGCAACCCAAUUUUUAUUAUAGAAUAACAAAUGAAGAGUCUCAGACAUCCUCCCGCUUCCCAAAUUGCCGUACGGGCCUUUGCCUGUCAGCACUUCGCUUCCAUCCCGCAACUGCCUUAACCGUGCAGGAAACUUAAGAACAAGGACGGAGUUAGAAAAAUGUCUGCUCCUGGGAACAGAAACAGGGGCAUGGUCUGAGCUGUGCAGUCCAGAGCCAACACCAGCAAGUUUUUCUCCAUAUUCAGGAGCAUUGAAAUUCAGAUUUUUGUUGGUUGAGACCUCAGUCUCAGCAGAAAUGUUAUUUUGAUGUUUUCAAGCACUGUGUUCCCUGCAUGGCUGUCUGCUGAGGAGAGAUAAACUACUUGAUAUUUAGCAGUCUCUGUGGGAUUGUCCAGUUGCCUUGCAUGGCUUCAGGUUGGGGUUUCCUUCCCCCUGCACAGAUACCACCUUGGCGUAGCCCCGGGGGAAUCGAAAGGGGACCCCAAUCUAAAUUUGGUGCAGGUGACACUAGCAUCAGUCCCAUCAGUUUCUGUGCAUCCUUGUUAACAAAGGAUGCACUUUCAGAACCUUAUUUUUAUACAUGUUGAAAUCAUCCAUUUUUCUGACUUUGCCCAGCACAUCUUGGAUGUAUAAUGGGACCGAAUGGGACCGAAAAGGACCCUGCAAGAUGCACUGAACUACUUAGUGCUGCUAUUAUUGAUCUCAGUUGGGUCUCACCUUGCUGGGAAGGUGAAAAGGGAAAGAUGCAGAGAGGAAUUAGCUUCAAUUAGCUGAGUUAGCAAUGCUUCAAAACGCUUCAGAACGGAACUGUUCGUCUGCAGACAUUUGGAAAGUCAUUGGAGUAUUUCCAAAUGGCUGAGAUGCAUUGGCUUUUUUUUCUUAAAAAAAAAAUAAAUUAAGGGAAUGAAUGAGAUUUGGAGUCCAUCUUAUCCUCAUCAGAGUUUUACGUUCAUCACAUUGCUGUUGGAGGCAAUGUACUUCAGGUUUACCUUUGUGUCUCAGUCAGACACAUAUUUUUUCUCACUAAACGAGGUCCUGGGAGACAGAAAGACAACUCCAUCUCAUAACCAGCAGUUUCACUCCCCAGCAAACCCAAGACAACCUGAAGGCUACCAGCACUGUGAAGCUUUAGCCCCCAGGUCAGCCACGGCUGUUGCUGCCAUGCGAGAGUUUCUCACAGCUGGGUGUGUUGGGCUCAGUGUUUCCUUCAGACUUGGGCAAUCUUGGUGUGAUGUUUUUUUUAUUCUUGGCGGGUGACAAAGGGAAUUGCCAUUAUUAAAGAUAUGCAAAUGCUUCUCUGGACUGGUGUGAUAACAGCUUUGUUCCUUUAUUCACAAGGGUUUCAAGACUUACUCCCACUCUGUCUUUAGACACAGCCAUGCUCAUCUCUCCCCCUAACUUCACAUGAACUAUCUUUGCAGUCAGAAGCAGGUUUGUUGUUGUUCUCUCUCUAGAUCUGAUUAAUGCCUGCAGAGUUCACAGGCUGUCUGUGUGUAGGGCAGAGCACCCCUGACUACAAGCAAUAAUGCUGACCUGUUCCCGUUUGCAUUAGGAGUUUUUUGUUUUUCUUACCUAAAUCUGAGUUUGCCUCUCCCAACAGCCCAUACUGCUGCUGUGACUUGCCUUUUUUGUUGGCAGCGGCUCCAGGAGACAGGCAACCAAGAGAAAAUUGGUGUGAAUGUAGGUAGCAGUUUAUUAAAAUGGGCAAUCAUGCGCUGGGAGCCUUUGGCAUGAGCCAGGCUCAGCUUCAGGUAUCUAAUGGUUAAGAUUGAUCUAAGGAGGAAAGGAGGAACCAGGGCAUUGUGGCUGAGCCUUCUGGAGUCCCUGAAAGGAUUUUUCACUCUUCCAUGCUCCUGGAUAGACCUGCCUGCCCUACCUCCCUGCAACCCACAGUUUGUGGGCAUUUCUUCCAAACUGACCGUCGGCUUCCUUUCUCCAGCCUCAGUUCUUCCUUCUUCCCAAUGGCAAAGCACAGCUCAGCUCUACCAAGUCAAUACGAGGUGUUCAGAGUUAUUGACUGGUAUUUAAAUUUGCCUGGGAUACCAGCAGGUCUCACUUAGUAUUACAUAUGCUCAAAAUAUUAUGGUUUGUUCUGCUUUUAUACACUAAGUUAUUACUUCUAGGCUGCAAAUGAUGUUUUCUAUCAUUCCAUUGACAUUUCUAGCCAAUCUGAGUCUUAAUACAAUUGCUUCGCUGAAAAAUGGCCUUUCAGCAGUUCUUAGACAUUAGAUACUUCUUUAUUAACUAGUGAUGCCAAGGAAAAUCUUAGGCCAUUGUCUGUUCCCUGAAUCCAGCGGAGCAGAAGGAGGCUCUGUGUCCUCAGAAGCAAUACUAGUGUUUUCUUUGACAGAAUGUGAACACGGACCGCCUUUCUUUCAGCUUCAGUCUUGCUACAGCUGCUCGGCUAGGAGCAUCCCGUAGCCCCAAAAGGACACAGGGGAUUCAGGAGAACCCACGUGGACAAAGGAAUCCAUUUAAAUGGCUGCAAGAGAGGGAAUGUAGGGAUGUAUGUAGCGUAUAUGCUGUUUUGCUCAUCAAAACCUUGCAUCGGUCUCUAUUGGUUUGAUGAAUGGAGUAACUCCAGGGAUGAGGUCUUUGGGAUACUAUGAGUUUGUGAUGUUUCCGUCACUUUCUUCAGAUUAAGUGCGGCAGAGCAGAGUGUCACACCCUAGGAAGGAAAGGAUUAGCAAUACCCUGACAGUUUGUGGUGCUGGGCUUGUUCUACACGCAGUUGGUGUCUGCAAAUGGCAGAAAGUAAUAAGAAACUUGUCAAGCCCAGCUCAGCAAAUAAUUUAUAGCAACUUUAUAAAUUAAUUUUCCCUUUUAUUUCUUCCUUGCAAAUUGCUCAGAGAACCAACAAAAUGCCUCCAGUGUAUUUGCAAGGUCAUUUCUGCAUAUGAUCUGUGGUCUGGAGGGGUUUGGAAAAGCUUUCUUAUAAUUCAUACGUGUUGGUUUGUUCUGACUGGCCAUAGAAAUCAUGAGGGAUAUUUCUGCUCCCUGUGUUCCCUAGUCUGGAAUUUUCUCACGACUAGAAAGAAUUAGUUCAAAAGUAUGUGACUGCGAAUUGAGUAAGAGGAUCCUUGCUCAAUGCCAGUGGGCAGAGCGCCGCUGGACAUACACUGCUCCAGGACAGCCAAAGUGCUCACAAUCCACUUUCCAGGAAUAUUCUCUCACAGAUGCUUGAGAUUCUCUGCCUCUCCCAGUGUUCCUACCAGUUAAUGCAUUCAUUUGAGUAAUUACCGAGAGCAAACACGAGAAGGGUAUGAACCCAGGCAAAAACAAAUUGGUAUUAAGGUGAAGCAGGUGGUGCAAAUUUUCUUCGCGAUGUUUGCACAGUUCUUAAAUCGGAAGCAAAAAUCUCUCGGGAAUCGGAGAAUCGCACAUGGCCUAACAUAUCUUAGUUCUUCCCAAUUGAAUUGCCAGUUGGUAGGACAGCAAAGGGCAUCUUUCCCUGCCACGUAUACCUUAGCCCUUCAGAACGUUUUUCUUUUGCAGUAUGGCAUCGCACAAAUACCAGUGCAUUUAUCCCUUGAUAUAAGCUACAUCUCAGUGCUAAGUUUCCGGUGCCUCACAACUCUAACGGUGUGAACUUGAAAGGAAGAAAUGACCCCUGUUCUUCACCCGCGACGCUUUCUGCCCGAUGGGAGGAUGAUGAGCCCUCGAGAAAACUCACAGCCGUUUUCCUAAAGUCUUACGCACAGUGGGACCAAAACUGUGCUCUGUUGAGCGCAGGUGGCCUGUAAGCUGUGCUCAGGGGUCUGUAGCUUGUCUACAGCCCCACAUUGCCUUCACAAUGUUUUCAGUGCAAAGCAUGGUGCUGAGGCUAUGCAUAACCAUCCCUGACAAAUCUUAAGGGUUGCCAAUGGUCUAUGACCACCAAAGUUCGGGAGUCUCCGUGUUAGCACAUGAACGUGGCUCCCAUCAUCUGCUUUUAGGAAGGAGCAGUCUCAGAGCAGGGUUCAGUGGAAAAGUGCAGCAGUGCUGGGACCACACAGCGUUCAAGCAAAAGGAAGCUCUUGGUUCACUUUGGUACCACGUCCAUUGGGAAGAGGGGUGGGGAUGGGAGCAGGGGAAGAGCUGUGACCUUUUAAAACCCAUAGUGCCUACCACUGCAAAUGGAACGCUGUAUUGUAUUAUAUUAUACAUGACUACCGUGUAAAUAAAGUACAAUAAAUGUGGUGUUCGUUAGGAUUUUGAUACAAGUCAAGUGCAGUCUGCAGAAAUGUUUUUUUCCCUGCUGUAUGUACUUAUAUCACAUUCCAGGCAUGGGGACAUUUGGGGUUGUGUGAGCUAGAAAUGUAUAAAUGGCAUUAGAUGGGAACUGUUUGCAGUAAGACUAUUUUAAAUUUCCAUUUGCCCUGUAUAGAUGAGACAUGAGCACCAUAUAAAACCAGCCAGAGUGGAGGGAGUGGGGGCAGCUUAAAUAUGCAGGAGGAGAGCAGCUCUUGACUUGAAGUAGUUUGUGAGAAGAAGCGACAGUGCUGCCCAGCCAGUCCUCGGCCAUCCUUCAUUCAUGAUGAAGGAAAAGAAAAGUUUCAGUUUGGCUGAUUUCUCAUUGCUUGUUUUCCUGAUGCAGAGGUUGACCAGGAACAUAUGCCUUGCCUACGUAACCUGGUUAUUCUCCGCCCUUGAGAUCCCUUAGCAGCAGCUACAGCUGAGCAAACUUCAGAGCUUAAAAUUCAAAGCAGAUUGGGAAAAAAGUUCUCCUGUUCUUAACUCAACCAGCUGGCCCCUCUGUGGCUCUGGCAAACAUUGAAGGGAUUAUAUUUUUUUUGGCUAAUAAGAAUAUUAGGAACUUACUUUGUUCCUUAACCCACUCCCUUCUCCAUCCUCAUGUUUCUCCAAGGUGUAAUAACAUAAUUAACACAUUUCAGUGAGGCAGGGCUGCCACGUGCCCUCCAAAUCCUGAUGCACCUCUGAACUGGGUUGUUGGUGAGAGUUUUUCCAGGCUUCAGAAGCUCGGGACUUCCUAUGGCAGGUGUCUGCAGCUGGCGUAUGGAUGUAAUCGUCCAUCGGUGUAUGGAGGGUGCUUCCACAUGAAUUGUCUUGUUGGAGAAACAAGACCGCCCCAUGCAGUUUGCCACACCUAUGGCUUGAGAAUCCCCAACAGAGCUCUGUGCAGGGCCCACAACAUUGGAGGAGUAUCUACCUGCUUCCAUACCAGACCAGUCAGUGCUGUCUGUCCCACGUAUCAUUGCUGUUCUUCAUAGUCACCUGGGCAGAGCAGCAUUUGUGGCUGGCUGUACGUGAAGAAGGUUCCUCCUGCGUAGGACGUCUCCACAGAUGGUCUGUAGCAGCAUGCGUGGGACCUGGAUGAGCCCGGGUGCUUCUGCCCCCGCCUCGUGCUGUAGGUCAGUCUUUUCCAACAGUGCCCAAGGGAAAGUGGUCCUUGGAAAGGUCUUUGGAGCGUGCUGGUUUGCAGAUGUUUAGCAGCACUUCCAAAAUAAACCAAAACCUGGUUUGGAAAAGGAAAUGUUUCACUGUACAAUUGAUUUAAAAAAAAAAAAAAAAAAGAAAAAAGAAAGAGAAACCACAUGCUCGAUAUAUUUUGAGUACUGUGUUCUGUAUUUUUGCAGCUUAUAUUUUCCAGAUGAGCAGUUUAGAAAUAUGUGAUGUGAAAUACAUGUAAGUUUGCUGUAAAUUAUAUUAAAAACACUAUUUUCAUUCUUCUCCUGUCUCACUGGAUGAUCUCUUUGGUUCUGCAGGCUUGGCUGGCUGGGCU